GUGGAGUAUAGAGGGACAAGGUAAGAGACAGGGAGGGAGAUGCUACACCUGUACACCUGAGGAGCAGAACACAAAUUCAGACAACAACAAACAAAAAAAAAAAAAAUACUAAGAGGAGGUGAAGAGUUUGUAAGCAUGGCGGGACAGUUUCACAUGUGAGAGAAUCUCCUCGUAUCUGCAGCGACGUCCCCGUCAUCAAGGUUAGUCCCGUCUCCGUUGGUGCCAUGGCUGACGCAAGCUGGUGGAAGCUGACAUUUUCCCGCAAGACGAAGUCUCAGUCUAAGGUUCUGUAUGAAAUCCCAGCGGAGUACAUCACCAACACUGGGAACAAAGACCACCCGGGCGGGAAUGCCCCUCCUGACCACGCGGACAGCCAGUUCAACGCCAGGCUGGAGAAGAUUGUGGAUAAAUCAGCCACCAAAGGCCGCCAUGUCAAGGUCUCCAACUCUGGCCGUUUUAAGGAGAAGAAGAAGGUUCGCUCCACGCUGGCCGAGAACCCGAAUCUGUUCACAGAGCACAACCUGAGCGAGAAGAACCAUAAAAAGAAGACUGACAAAUAGCACGAAGAGUGAGAGAUACUUGAUCACCAAUGUGUCAUAUGUCAGUGUCACACUUCUAAAAGCUUCGAAUCGGGCUGAAAUAUGCACGAACACCACCACGUGGCACCGCAUGUGCGUUCCCCUGCACCACUCCCCGGUAGAUGCUGCACCUUCGGACUCAUGCCUAAAUAAACAAACUGCUAUCAGCAAACAACCUUUACACCCCCACAGAUCAGAGCAGGGUCUUUUUUAUCUUCUGAUUUUUGAAGGUUUUGAUUCCAAAACCUGGCUCAUCAUCAGCUUUCUUGCGCUCUCGUUGUUGUUUUGUAUCUUCAAAAAAAUGAUCACUGACGUGAAGGAAACCUCAUGAUUGAAACGCAACAUUACUGUAAUUAGUUUUUAUUUUUAUUGUAGAGUUAUUUCCCAUUUUUUUAUGUGUUGCACAAUCAGUACUUACGCAAAGAAAUGUUUUAUUGCAUUUUUAUGGCAAAAUAGGCAAACGGACUUGAUUUGACUUUAAUUUCUGAAACAUUGUGGUGAAGAGUGCAGGGGGACAUUUUAAAAUGAAGGAAUUUUAUUGUUUUCGGGAACAGAAUAUCACUGCUAACCGCAUUUAUUCUGAAAGAAAGACAGCACACUUGUCCAGCAAAGUAUGGAUUAUACACAUGUGACAACUUUAUUUAUAUAUUUUGGUUAAAAGUGUUUGUCUUUUUUUUUUUUUUUUCUAUGGAUCAAAUAUCAGUUUAUCAAAGAUUUUGUGUAUUAACAUGUCCAAACCCUUUUCGGGGCCAUUUCAUGUGACUAGUAGUAAUAAAAAGUGUUUAUAAAUUC